CUUUACCCACAAGUUGACGUGGUGCAGUCUGCGAAGCAGGCGGAGGCAGAUACCGAUUUUACUCAGAGUGACGUCACAAUACAGGUCUUGGGCGGUGUAUGUUUAUCCUUUAAUCAGCUGGUUUAGAAGCAAGCGAAUCGCCCCGAAAGUUGAAGUUCUCGGCAGCUGCGUUUUCUCAUCGCGAUUGUUAAGAGCGUUGAAAUGGACUAUUAAGGAGACAGGGAUAGUAGAAGACACUUUCAUAUCUGAUCAAGCCAUGAAGUUCCAGUACAAGGAAGACCAUCCUUUUGAGUACAGAAAAAAAGAAGGAGAGAAAAUUCGAAAGAAAUACCCAGAUCGAGUUCCUGUUAUAGUGGAGAAGGCACCCAAAGCUAGAGUAUCUGAUCUGGACAAGAGGAAGUAUCUUGUCCCAUCAGAUCUCACGGGACUUCUCCUUUCUGUGAAGGGGGGGCCGGAUGUCAACACUGUGACAAUUAAGAAAUUACAGCCAUUUUACCUUUUACUUUACUUGUGCUUUUUCUGUUGCUUGGGAUUCUCAGAUGUAGAAGGGGGGAUGGGAGGAAUGCUUGAGCUUUUUAAGUUAGCCUAAACAAUUGCAGCUGGGUGAGCUUCAAGGUCAAUUCUAGAUAAAGUUUUGGCGGGCUGUAAAGUGGGGAGGAUUUUAGAUUAAUUGGUG